AUGCGGGGAUCCACGUGCUUCGGAGCCGGGUGUGGAAGAUGAGGCCUGGUGCUGCCAGGCCCUGGACUCCGGAGCCGCAGUAUCCACGCCAGGCAAGUUGGGAAAGUCAGCAUCAGCAUCCCGGUGGCCCUGGAGCCUCCCAGGGCUCACUGAUCACCUAGACCUGCUCACCUGUGCAGCAGAACAAAGGGGCCUGGAAGGAGAGAGGAGACAGAAGCUUAGCAAGCAGGGAAGUGAGGCAUGUGUUCCCUGUUCCCGAAAGAGAAACUCAAAGAAGAGAAACAGGAAGAGAUGGCUAAUUCUUCAGUAAAUAUAUCACAGGGUCUGCUGACAUUCAGGGAUGUAACAGUAGACUUCUCCCAGGAGGAGUGGGAAUGCAUGGACUCGGCUCAGAGAGCUUUGUACAUUGGUGUCAUGUUGGAGAAUUACAGCAACCUGGUCUAUCUGGAGAACUAUUACAUACAUGAUCGUGUCCAUCACCAUGUGAAGACUGAAAAUGAGUCUUGUCAGUGUGAUGAGCUUGACAAAGUGCUUCAUGACCCCUCCACAUGUGCACUUCAUAUAACAAGUGAAUCUACAGAAAACUCUAAUAACUACACAUGCAGUAGUCACAGGGAUGCCUCUGUUGACUCAUCAAACCCAGACAGACAUGAAAGCAUGCACACUGGAGAAGAACCUUGCCAAUCUAAAGACUGUGAGAAAUCUGUAAAUUUGUGUUCUUGUAUUACUCAAGAUCAGAGAGUCUACACUGCAGAGAAAGAGCACAGGCAGGGAGAACAUGAUGACUCUUUGAGCUCUGCAUACAGGCUUUUACAACAACCAAUCUGCAUUGAAGAAAAUCCACACCAGUGUGGGAAAUGCAAGAAAUGCUUCAGGACUGCAUCCUACCUCAAUGAUCAUGAGAGAAUUCAUACUGGAAUUACACCCUGCCAGUGCAGCAUUAAUAAAAAAUCUUUUGCCCAGCAUGCUAGUUGUAAAACACACCAAAGCCUUCAUACUGUGGAGAAACCACAUACAUGCAUGGAAUGUGAGAAAUCGUCUUCUUGGAACUCACAAUUUAGAAUGCAUCAGCGGAUUCACACUGAGGAGAAACCUUCCAAAUCUAUCAAAUGUGACAAGUUCUUUACCCAGGACUCACAUCUUAGUAGACAUCAGAGAGUUCACAGUGGAGAGAGACCUUACAAAUGCAUGGUAUGUGACAAGGCCUAUACCCAGCAUACAGGUCUUAGAAGACAUCAGAGAGUUCAUACUGGAGAGAGGCCUUUCAAAUGUAUGGAAUGUGACAAAUCCUUUAUCUGGAUUUCAGAUCUUAGAAAACAUCAGAGAGUUCAUACUGGGAAAAAACCAUACAAAUGUGGGCAAUGUGACAAGUCCUUUACCUGGGACACACAAUUUAGAAGACAUCAGAGAGUUCAUAGUGGAGAGAGACCUUUCAAAUGUAUGGAGUGUGACAAGUCCUUUACCUGGGUUUCAGAUCUUAGAAAACAUCAGAGAGUUCAUGCUGAACAGAGACCUUACAAAUGUAUGGAAUGUGACAAGUCGUUUACCUGGGUUUCAGGUCUUAGAAAACAUCAGAGAGUUCAUACUGGGGAAAAAGCUUACAAAUGUAUGCAAUGUGACAAGUCCUUUACCUGGGAUGGACAACUUAAAAGACAUCAGAGAGUUCAUACUGGAGGGACACCUUUCAAAUGUAUGGAAUGUGACAAGUCCUUUACCUGGGUUUCAGAUCUUAGAAAACAUCAGAGAGUUCAUACUGAACAGAGACCUUACAAAUGUAUGGAAUGUGACAAGUCCUUCAUCUGGGUUUCAGAUCUUAGAAAACAUCAGAGAGUUCAUACUGGACAGAGACCUUACAAAUGUAUGGAAUGUGACAAGUCCUUUAUCUGGAAUACCCAACUUAGAAGACAUCAGAGAUCACACUGAGAAGAAUCAUGUAUUAAAUGUGCCAUGUCCUUUACCAAGAUGUCACAUUUUAUAAGACAUCAGAGGGUCCACACUAGUGAGAGACCUUGGAUUUUUAAGGAUUGUGACAAAUCUUUUCCUAGAUGAAAACAUCUUAGAACAUAUCAGAAUAUUCAUACUGGAAAGAACCUUACAAAUGCCAAGACUGACUGUCAUAUCCUUUAUCCAUAUUAUAAGUCUUAACAGAUGGAAAGAAAAAUACCAUUGUAAAUAAUGUGACAUACCUUUUUCUUGUUUUCUCUUCUCACAAAUAACAACAGUAUAUAUAAGAAACUUGUGAAAACCUUUAAUGAGUAUUAUAUCUCAGAAACAUAUAGUGUUUGUGCCAAAUUAAAAUUCUCCCAAUGUUACUGCAGUAAAAGCUUCUCAUUUCUUUUCUCUA